UCCUUAUUUUCUUUCUUUUCGCAUUUGUUUUUUGUGAAGCACAUUGAGUUGCACCUGUGUAUGAAAUGCGCUAUACAAAUAAACUUGCCUUGCCUUGCCUUGCCUUACAGAACCUUGCGCUGGCCCGAGACUUACAGUAAGAGCCUAUUUGAUGAACUUCACGAGACGAGACGAUGUCGAGGAGGCCUUGGCCAAAAACCUGGUCAUCGUCACCCUGGUAGUCAUCAUCAACUGCGUCAACGCCAUGCUCGUCUUCACCUACUUCAGGAACUCCGCUUUCCACUGCGACACCAGAUACAUCCUGUACAUACACCUGGUGAUCAACGACAUGAUCAUGUUGUCCAUGUCUGCCACGCUGUUUGUUCUGACCUACGUCAACCCCAUUUACAACGUCUCUGUCUGUUGUCUGAUGAUUGUGAUCGCUGCAACGACGCACAAGAACACCCCGCUCAUCCUGGCCUGCAUGGCUAUCGAGCGCUACAUCGCCAUCUGCAAGCCUCUCCACCACGCUCAGAUCUGCACCGUGCCCAGAACCUACGCCCUCAUAGGCAUCAUCUGGGGCGUCGGUGUGGCUCCCACCCUGGCCGACGUCAUCGCCCUUCUGAUAGAGAGGCCGGCAGGCUUCUUCUACACCAACAUCUUUUGUUACAACGAAAACUUGUUCACUUCGACGUACUACCGGGAAAAGUUGAAAGUGGUCCCGCCGAUUUACCUGUCGUUUGUGUGGCUGAUUCUGAUAUUCACUUACAUCAGGAUAGUCAUGGUGGCCAAAAAGGCCAAAGGAGAUUCUUCGGCCAAGAAAGCUCACAACACCGUCUUGCUUCACGGGAUCCAGCUGCUCCUGUGUAUGAUGUCUUACGUCAGCCGUCUGCUCAACAUGAUUCUAGUGCCCUUCUUUCCCGAACAUCGCUCCAAGAUAUCUUUCUUCACUUACCUGAUCACAAGCAUAGUCCCUAGGUUGUUAAGCACCCUCAUCUAUGGACUCAGGGACCAGGCCUUUUCCAAGCGCAUGUCCGUCUAUUUUUCUUGCAAGGUGACGAUUGUUAAAGUGAAGCCUGAUAUGAAGGGCAGUCAUGACUAG